UCAUGUGUGUUGGAUUCAGUGAGCUGCAGACACAGAGGAAAGAGAAAAAUGUGGAAAGCAGCAGUGUUUGUCUUCCUGCUACUAAAGGUGGAUAUGCAGGUGAAUGGUGCUGUAGAUAAGACGAUGGGCCCCGUGGUAGAAAACUACAGGACAGAGAAGAAGGUGAAGACAGAAGAGGCUGAAGCCAACAACAACAUUCCUGCAAGUGACACUGCUUCUUCAGGUUUUUUGGGAAACUUGCUGGUAGUACCCAUGGAUGGGAGUCAUUGGGUGGGUAUAAAGGCCAUUGCCCAAGAAAUGGGUCGUCGUGGACACCGGGUUACAGUGCUGAUUCCAGAGAUCAGCAUACGGAUGGGCCCGGGGAAACACUACGACACUGUGACCUAUCCUGUUCCUUAUGACAAGGCUCAUAUUGACUCUAUCAUGUCCUCAAACAAGGACAUGAUGCAAACAUCUGCACAUUCUUUCACAGAGAAGAUAUGGAAAGGAUUCUCAAAAAUCCAGAAAAUUACAGGCUUUAUUCACACCACAGCAGAGAGCCUACUGUUCAAUGUCAGUCUGAUCUCACAUCUGGCACAGCAGAACUUUGACGCAGUCCUAACGGACCCCAUGGUGCCCACAGGCUCAUUAAUAGCUCGAAAAUUUGGUAUCCCUACUAUAAAUUUGCUGAGGGGAAUUCCAUGUUCCUUGGAUAUGAAGUCUGCAGGCUGCCCCUCCCCGCCCUCAUAUGUGCCCCGCUUUUUGACCAGAUACACAGAUAAAAUGAGCUUCCAGGAGAGAGCUUUCAACACUUUGGUGGCUUUAUUGGAGCCGUUGCUAUGCCGACUGUUGUAUUGGCACUUUGACCAAAUAGCCUAUCAGUUUCUGGGAGAGGAGGUGGGCAUAGCUGAAGUGCUGUCAGAGUCUGCUAUCUGGCUGCUGAGGAUGGACUUCACACUGGAGUUCCCACGUCCUAUCAUGCCUAAUGUAGUACUAGUUGGUGGAAUCAACUGCAAUGUGAGACACCCUCUUCCUGAGGAUCUGGAGUCCUGGGUGUCAGGAGAACAUGGGUUUGUAGUGUUCACCCUGGGCACCAUGCUGUCAGAUCUGCCAGAAGAGACAACCUCCGUCUUCUUAGAAGCUUUUAGACAGAUUCCCCAGAAGGUAAUAUGGAGGUACACUGGGCAGGUUCCCGACAGUUUCCCAGAAAAUGUGAAGUUGAUGAAAUGGGUGCCUCAGAAUGACCUACUAGCACAUCCUGGAGCUCGGGCUUUCAUCACUCAUGCUGGCUCUCAUGGUCUCUUUGAGGGACUGUGUCAUGCUGUUCCCAUGGUGAUGAUGCCAAUUGCAGGGGACCAGGCUGACAACGCAGUGAGGUUUGCAAGCAGAGGAGCUGGAGUGGUGUUGGAUAUUUAUUCGAUCACUACAGAGAGCCUUCUUCAGGGACUGAAUGAGGUCAUCAAUGACACCAGGUAUAAAGAGAACAUGCAGAAGCUGUCGGCUCUCCAUAAAGACCGGCCUGUUGACCCACUGGACCUUUCAGUGUACUGGACAGAAUUUGUGAUGCGGCACAAAGGGGCAAAACAUCUCAGACCUGCUGUCCUUGACCUCAACUGGCUCCAGUACUACUGCCUGGAUGUAAUAGCAGUACUGGCUACUGUAGUGCUGUUUUUUGUAAUACUGAUAGUAAAGUGCUUGAAACUAUGCCUCUGGAAACUGAGCAGGAAGAGGAAGCAGGACUAACCUUCGGAAGUUUCCAAGUGAUCAAAUUACCAGAAAACAACUGUUGGUUGCUAUACACACCCUUUACACAAUGCCUUUACAUGUUUCAACAUACUGAAUCAGAAAUCUAGAGAAACAAGCUUGAUAAGGCAUAGGUGUCAUAUUAAGAUCCUUCAGGAUUUUAGGACUGUUUAUAAAAGCAGUGUUGGUUUACUGAAUAACAAACAUGUGACCUCAGUGGUGAGGAAAGAAUGAACCCUUAGGUACUGGUUCUAUGGAUGGAUGUAAGUGAUAUAUCCACAGGUUGUCUGGUAAGAACAGGAAAGAUGGUGAUGUAAACAAAUGCAGUCUAUAGUACACACACUCAUUGACAUGCCAUUCAUUUAUUGUUGGGAGUUUAGAAUAUCCCAAUGUGAAUGUGGUUAUACAAUAAAGGGCGUAAA